AUGGAUCAAGUACCACCAAUCCAGAAGGAGCAUGCAGAGCUCAGUGUUCAAACUUCUCACGGACAGAAAGAAGAUAAAAUGACUUAUACGGUUUCCUGUCAAGAUUUUGGAAUGCAAUUUGAUGACAUCCUGAUGGAAGAUGCGUUUAUUUUUCGUGAUUACGUAAUCGGGCGAGAUGGGAUCCGUCACGUAGAAGAUAUGGAUUGGAAGCAUUUAUCUCAACCUUUGGCCAAUCAAGGUUUACUACCUCCGUCGAUGGACACUGCACCGCCUCCUGUUAUUCGUUUGGAUGAUAUUCUUCAAAGCGAUCUAACACACGAAGAAAAUCAGUUUCUGAGUGUUUGCAGUGUUGAACUCAGCGAGUGGGAUGUGGUGGAACAAAAUCAAGCACAACCGAAUGUCCCUGGUUUAUUGGAACUAUCCAAACUUCUGCGUGUGCACAGCCAUUCAAUGCAACCAAAUGCGACAGAUGCCGUUCAGAAGCCUACCAAAACAGAUUCUGGUGCUCAGUACGAUUUGAUCCGCCAAGAAACUCCGCCAAAGGAUGAGAAUGCUUGCACUUCGGAAACGGUACCUCUCGGAGAUAAACAUAAUGCGUGUACUCAAAUUGUCGGACAGAAAUCAGACGAAAUGUGGCUAGGCGAUGGGCCAUCACGUGUUCGUUUGGAUGUAGUAAAAGCCCUUAGUGAAUUGGACACCCGACUGUCCGCUGUGGACCGAGUGUCCAGUCGCCUACAAGAGGAAUAUCGAAAGAAUCAAGAAUUUUUGGAACAUUUGAUUCGGUUUGGCUCGGAACAACAAACACAGUCGACACCGGCACCAGUAUUAUCUAAGCGAAUCGCGUUUGAACAACCACUGGAGCAAGAUCAAAAGGUUAGUCAAGCUGGUCUUCCUCAAUUUAUGGACAGUCGCUUACCACCUACGGCAGGACCUCGCGCUUCUAGUCUGAAAAGACCUUUGACGGAUGCUGCUCGCCAAAAUUCGUUAACCGGUCAAAUAUCUCACUCCGUGAAACCCAGGCGGUCAUGUGCGAAUUCUGUGGAUCGUCGAUCCGGAAGUUCACAUAUUUUGGAUCCUUUUCUCAACGGACAGAUGCCUAAUACUCCCGGCAAUAUUGUAAGCAUCAGCGGUCCUGGUGACUUGGCUGCAACACCAAGAAAAUCCUCACGUCGGACUUCUGUUGGAUCACUGUCACGUAAAAGGGAACAGGCGCGUAAAGAGAGGAAUUCAGCUCUUCACGCUAAGCGAUGUGCUGAUGCGGCGGAGUUUGCGAAUGAAGCUGCCAGCCAGUGUAGACGAGAGCCCAUGAACGUUUCGGUACUCGCCAGUUCGACUACAGUGACCGCCGCAGCCACUGUCAUCUUGGUGUCCGUGCCAACACUCAGAAUAGCAAAAGCGACUGUGACACGGAGGAGCACCAUGGAAGUCCUCAUGAAACAUCCUGAGAAACAGGCGGUCAUGGCCACACCGAGUGGAGCCAAUCCACUCCUUAGGGAAGUGGAUAUCAACCCCAUUGUUGCCUUAUGCAAAGGAGAAUAUGUUGACGACCAAGUCGAGGCGCAACCAGGCACAUCCGUAUUCAUGACGCCGAGCUAUUCAGACUGGCUCGAUGAAGAACAGACCACAAUAAUCAGUGAAUGGUCAAUCGAAAGUGAUGUGAAGCGGUUGCUGUACGAAACGGAGUGCAAAGCCAGUUGCCGAAGCAAUUAUGCGAACGAACAGGAAGCCGACGGUACCACUGAGGUUUUGUCCAGAGUAGCUCCAGAUUUCCAACCGUCCCACAAUUCUAAAAUGCCCAUGGAUACCGAUCAGUUUACCGAUGGCGGUGCUCCGGCCAGUAGCAGUUUCAUCGAUUGGGAAGAAGUGGAUGAACUUAUUCAGGACCAGGACCAGGAAAUUAAUCCAGUGUGA